AGGAUGUAUCCUUCCAACUCAAUAUAAUCAACCAUCUUCACUUAACUUUUCAUCUCUUGUUACUCUUGAUUUUUCGCGAAUUUCUUAUUUUGCUCCGAAGUGGAUAUUUGGGUUGAGAAAACUUGUUUCUCUUCAAAUGGAAUCUAAUAACAUCCAAGGAUCGAUUAUGAAUGGAAUUCAAAAUCUCACUCUCCUUGAAAAUCUUGACUUGUCUAACAAUGAAUUCUCGUCUUCUAUACCUGUUUGGCUAUACAAUCUUCAACAUCUCAAGUUCUUGAACCUUGGAGGGAAUAACUUGUUUGGAACCAUUUCCGAUGCCAUGGGAAAUUUGACUUCCAUGGUUCAACUUGAUUUGUCAUUUAAUCAACUAAAAGGAAGAAUUCCAUCUUCUAUUGGAAAUUUAGAUUCUAUGCUCGAGCUGGAUUUACAGGGAAACGCAAUUCGUGGUGAACUUCUUAGAUCAUUUGGAAAUCUUUCUUCAUUACAAUUUCUUGGUCUUUAUAAAAACCAAUUAAGUGGAAAUCCAUUUGAAAUUCUUAGACCACUUUCUAAACUGUCGGUUCUUGUACUUGAAAGAAAUCUAUUUCAAGGAAUUGUCAAGGAAGAUGAUCUUGCAAAUCUUACGAGUUUACAAUAUUGUUAUGCAUCAGAGAACAAUCUCACUUUAGAAGUUGGUUCCAAUUGGCAUCCUAGUUUUCAGCUAUACGAAUUGGGAAUGAGCUCGUGGCAAAUCGGCCAUAACUUUCCGUCGUGGAUUCAAACUCAAAAGGAUCUUCAUUAUUUGGACAUAUCUAAUACAGGAUUUGGACCUUGCAAACAACAAUUUGAACGGAAAUAUACCAAAUUGUCUCGACCAUUUGAGUGCCAUGAUGCUAAGGAAAAGAAGCAAAGAUUCUUUAAUAUAUUCAAAUACAUCGAUUGUGGAGAUUGGAUGAAGUAUAGUUAGUUCGCUCAUGUGGGUGAAAGGAAUAGGUAUAGAGUAUAGAAAUAUUCUUGGCUUGGUGACAAAUGUUGAUCUAUCUGAUAAUAAUUUAUCUGGAGAGAUACCAAGAGAAAUCACAAAUCUAGAUGGAUUGAUUUAUCUAAAUAUUUCCAAGAAUCAAUUGGGAGGCGAAAUCCCACCAAAUAUUGGUAAUAUGAGAUCAUUGGAAUCCAUUGAUAUCUCUAGAAAUCAAAUUUCAGGAGAAAUCCCUUCAACCAUGUCAAACUUAAGCUUUCUAAACAAGCUUGAUUUGUCUUAUAAUCUUUUGGAAGGGAAAGUUCCAACAGGCACACAACUUCAGACCUUUGAAGCAUCAAAUUUUGUUGGCAACAAUUUGUGCGGCUCGCCACUGCCUAUCAAUUGCAGUUCCAAUAUCGAAAUUCCUAAUGAUGAUCAAGAGGAUGACGAGCAUGGAGUGGAUUGGUUCUUUGUGAGUAUGACAUUAGGAUUUGUUGUGGGAUUUUGGAUAGUAGUUGCUCCUUUGUUCAUGUUUAGAUCAUGGAGGUUAACCUACUAUGAUUUCCUUGAUGGCAUAUGGUACAAAUUAAAUUCUUGUUGGUGAAUGUAGAUUUGUAAUGUAGCAAAUGUUUGUUUUUUUGAAUAAUUGUAUUGUAGCAAAUGUUGUAAUGUA